AUGCGGGAGACAAGGCACGGAAUGCAGGAUGCUCGGGCCCUCAGCGCCGACACUUUGCCACUUCACCUCCGUCGACCCUUCAUCACUGAGAGUUCAAACGUGAAAGAGAUUGAGGCUCAAAAUUUUAGAACAAAGGACAGGCGCCAAGAUUCACACGCGCACGUCACCAAACAAAUGGCCCCCGCAUUGGACAUCUCCCCAGUGGAGGAGGUGCAAGAUGUGCUCUCUAAUCCCCUCAAGCAAAAGCCCCAGUUAAUAUGCGCAUCGGCGCCCAAGGGGCCCGAUCCGGAGAUACCCCUCAUCUCGGCGCGGCUUGAGGGCGUCAAGCACAAGAUCCUCGUGCUGAGCGGCAAGGGCGGGGUGGGCAAGAGCACCUUUACCAGCCUGCUAGGCCACGCGUUUGCCACCAAUCCGGACACGACGGUGGGCAUCAUGGACACGGACAUUUGCGGGCCCAGCAUCCCCAAAAUGAUGGGGGUCGAGAAUGAGACGAUCCACAUCAGCGCCGCCGGGUGGUCGCCUGUCUGGGUGAUGGACAACCUAGGCGUGAUGAGCAUCCAGUUCAUGCUGCCGAACAAGGACGAUGCCAUCAUCUGGCGAGUGGGGGAGAUGGAUUUCCUGCUGGUCGACACGCCGCCAGGCACAAGCGACGAACACCUAAGCGUCAACACUUUUCUCAAAGAGAGCGGGAUCGACGGCGCCGUCCUUGUGACCACGCCGCAAGAGACGUCGCUUCUCGACGUGCGCAAGGAGAUUGACUUCUGCCGCAAGGCUGGUAUCCGGAUCCUCGGCUUGGCGGAGAACAUGAGUGGCUACGUCUGCCAUUCGUGCAAGCACGUUAAUCGCAUCUUUCGCGCUACAACGGGCGGGGCCAAGAAACUCGCUGAGGAGCAAGGAAUUCCGUAUCUCGGGGCCGUCCCUCUCGAUCCCAGAAUCGGGAUUGCCUGCGACUACGGGGAGAGCUACUUUGAUUCCUUCCCGGACAGCCCAGCAUGCACUGCCUUUAUGGGUGUCGUGAAGGGUGUUGCGGAACAGCUUGGGCUAGACAUCGACAAGGUUCUACCACCGGGAGAGUAG